AUGCCAAAUAAAUGUAAUGAUUUUUAUCAACGUCUUAUUGAACAAAAAGUAUGCCUUUCCGAAUUUCAUUCACAAAAUCUACAUUCAUUCAAUGUUCAAGUGAAAGUAAUUCAUGAUAACAAUCAUCAGCAUCAUAAUAGCACAACAUUAAAUAGUUUGGAUUUUAAAAAAGAAGUCAAACUACGUUAUACACUAGAUAAUUGGCGAACAUUCACUGAAUGUCCAACAUUAACUUGUUUAAAUCAAUUGACACCAUUGACAUUGCCAUGCCAAAAUGAUCAAUGUAUAGAAACUUAUGAAUCGGAAGUGAUUCUCACCUUAACUCCAUAUGAAUCAAAAUAUAAUCAAUUAGAAUUUGCUGUAGUUUAUAGAGGUGAUCAUUUUGAGUAUUGGGAUAAUAAUCAUUCACAAAAUUAUAAAUGUUUUGCAAGUUCUUUCUAAUAAAUAAUUAAAAUAAUUAAUUAGUUCGCAUUGAUUAUUGUAUAAUUAUUAUACGGUUUCUUGUCUUUCGGUGUAUUAAAUUGUUUUUGUUUUCCAAUUUGAAAAAUUGAUCAUUGAACCAAAAAUG